AUGUCUAUUUUGUCAAUACCAAUUUUUAUUGCCACAUUGAAUGCUCCACCAAUUCGACCUGCACAUCUCACCGUGGAUCGAAUCAACCUGUUGUUGAGGUCCAUUAGCCUCGCCGUCUCCGGCUUCAAACCCUUCACGGCCUCGCUCGCGCAGAAACUCUCCGCCCACAACGCCAAGCGCGGCGGUCUUCUCCUCGUCCAGGAGCUUGAAGCCCACAAACUUCUCGGCCGCCCUAAUCCUCCCCAACCGCUAACCCAGCGCGAUGUCCAGUGUUACUUGCUCACCACCCUUAAUCGGCUCCCCUUCUUCAUGGCAGCUUUGGUCGCUGCUGCUGCCGCUUCGGCGGUUGGGUUUCUGCUGCUCGCUGCUAUCCCCGCCUUCUUUUUCUUCCUCUUCUUAGGCGGCGGCUGGAAGAGGAGGCAAGUACUGCUUCCCCCGGUGGUGGGCACCAUCUUUCACCAGUUCCUCAACUUCCAUAGGCUUCACGACUACCACACAGAGCUGUCGCGCCUCCACAAGAACUACCGGUUGCUCUCGCCCUUUGGCGGGCAGCAUUUCACCACCGACCCCGCCGUCGUCGAGUACAUACUCAAGACCAACUUCAACAACUACGGCAAGGGAUUGCACAACUACAGAAAUCUGCGCGAUUUGUUCGGAGAUGGCAUAUUUGCCGUCGACGGCGAUAAGUGGCACCACCAGCGGAAGCUCGCGAGCUUCAACUUCUCCACCAAAUCCUUGAGAGAUUUCAGUGGUGCCAUUUUCAGAAAUAGUUCUUCCAAGCUCGCAAGAAUCCUCUCUGCCUAUGCCAACUCCAAUGAGCAGUUCGAUAUGCAGGAUCUCCUGAUGAAAUCCACCAUGGACUCCAUCUUCAAGAUCGCGUUCGGGUUCGAGUUGGAUUGCCUGGGUGGUUCGAAUCAGGACGCUGUCGAGUUCGCCGAAGCAUUGGAUACAGCAAACGAAUUCACCCUGUUGAGGUAUGUGCAUGCCUUCUGGAGGAUCAUGAGAUUUUUGGGAGUUGGAACAGAGGCAGCUCUCAAGAAAAAUCUCAAAGUGAUCGAUGAAUUCGUGUACAAAGUGAUGGACAUCAGGUUCAACCAAAUAGCCAAUGCUCAUCAGGAAAAGAGAGAAGACAUUCUGUCAAAGUUCUUGGAAGAGAUCAAGAAUCAGACGACGACAAUGGAUACGCGAUAUCUGAGAGACAUAAUUCUGAGCUUUGUCAUCGCCGGAAAAGAUACCACGGCCGGCUCGCUCGCUUGGUUCUUCUACUUGAUCUGCAAGGACCCGUCAGUGCAAGAGAAGAUACAUCAAGAAGUGAAGCGAGUAGUGCUACUCGAAACUAAAGAGUGCACAGACUUUGUUGAGUUUUCGCGGAACAUAAACGAUGAAUCCAUCAACAAUCUCCACUAUCUUCAUGCUUCCCUCACCGAGACACUUAGGCUCUUCCCCGCAGUUCCUCUAGAAAACAAGGUUUGCUUCUCAGAUGACAUUUUACCGGGAGGCUACAAUGUGAGCAAAGGCGAUAUUGUGUUUUUUCAGCCCUAUGCGAUGGGUAGAAUGGAGUAUCUAUGGGGCGAGGAUGCCCAAAGUUUUCGGCCGGAAAGAUGGCUCGAUGAUGAAGGGAUCUUCCAGCCUGAAAGUCCAUUUAAAUUUGUAGCAUUUCAGGCUGGUCCAAGAAUCUGCUUGGGGAGAGAAUUUGCCUACAGACAGAUGAAGACAUUUGCAGCAGUUCUUCUCUACUUCUUUCAGUUCAAGCUCAGUGAUGAGGAGAAGGUUGUCCACUACAAAACCAUGGCCACGCUUCGAAUUGAUCAAGGUCUUUAUCUUCAGGUGUCCUCGAGACAAAGAACAUCUGAAUGA